UACUGUGAGGACCCCAAUGCUAACCCGUUUGCACCGCUGAGGUGGCGAGCCGGCUAAAGCUAGUUAGCUUAGCUCCGUUGUAAACAUUGCUGGGUGACGUUUGUUUAUCGAGUUGUCUUGCAGGUUUGAGGGGAAUAAGAGAGCCUGCUCUAUUCAGCCGUCAGCUAAAUGCUAUAAAUGCAAAUGUAUUAUUACAGCCUGGCUUUUCCUCUUUUUAUGCCAUGGUGAGAAAAUAGGCGAGAACCCUAGACUGGGCAGCCAAGAAGUCGCUACAAAACAUUAUAUAUAGAAAAGCUCGCCGUUGCCUUAACUAUCCUCACAGUUUUGAGAAAUAAAUGACUUUUUUAAUUGGGAAGGGCAUGUGGAUUAGUUCACCGUCAGCAUCCUGGUUGUGGUCUUUAAACCACAGAUGUAGGAUUAAUCUCAGCGUGACGGGAGCAGGAGAUCCAGAACCUCUGUCAGAGUCCUCUUGGUGUCAGCCCGCCAAUCCAGUUCCAGCGUGAGGCCCGUACUGGAGGAACCCAAUGGUGGAGACAUCCUAAACCACACAAAGACGAGGCGGGCCCUCGGAGUUAUGGGCCAGACGGGGCAUGAGGGUCCGAGUUUAUAACGGAUCAGAACAGGCAGAGUCUGUUCCAGCUGAGAUGUCCGAGAAUGGCCGCUCACGGAGGAAACGCGUUCCUAAACAGUGCGAUUGCUGCGGGCCGAACGGCAAAGGCCACGCAACCGGCCAUCACCAGAUCGCCAAGAAACGGGGUCGUAGGAGGGCGGAGCCUGUGAGUGAGGUGGAGGUAGCUACUGACAACCACGUCAGCUCCGCAGUAGUAGACCUGGUCUCAACACCAGAGCCUGACGAGAUAACUGUGUGGGAAGUGCAGCAGGCAAUGCUUUGUGACCCAACCACCACACUGAGUGAGGCGGGACCUCCGGCCAGUGACUCGACUGCCCUGCACAACGGCAUUGUGGUUAGUCGAGAAGACAGUCCAGAAGCAAACAGGAAGGAUCCCAUGUCACUCAGUGACUCCAAAAAGCCCCAUUCUGACACACACGUUAGUCCAACAGAGGGCACACACAAUUUGGAUACACACAGUGAUCCUUUACAGGCUAGCACUAUACCUCCUUUUGAAUGUGUACAGGCCAGUACAACAGCAAACGGUGACCGCCCAGAAACACCAGCAGCUCCCGUCACUCAAAGCGACUGCUUAGGUUUGGACCAGAUGGUGGACGACAAUGCCAUGGAAGUUGAACAUGCCAUAUUCCCCGUUUACCUGAACACCAAGGCCUUGUGGGACCACCGCUACUGCAAGCGGGGCGGUCACUGGGAGGCGGUCUCUACAGAAGAGCUGCCGGACUUGUCUCAGUCGUCUUCAGCAGAGGUCCAGGAUGACCAUAUUAUAGAACUCAUUCACGAAUUCCUGGAGAAUUUCUAUGAGAAGUACGGGAGCUUCAUUCCACUGAUUGAGGAGGAUAUCCUUGAGUACCUGAAUAAACACUUGAACACUGACUUAAAGGACAGGAAAAAGAUGAUAAGCACAGAAGUGAUGAAGUACAAGUCAGGCUUGGCAUGUGCGCCUAUGAACUUCUUCAAAGUGACGUACAACAAGCACAUUCUGGCCCUGGACGACCUUGCAACGCUUGACGACCAGAACUGGGUCAAUGACCAGAUCAUAAACAUGUACGGUGAGCUGAUCAUGGAAACGACGAACCACAAGAUACAUUUCUUCAACAGUUUCUUUUACAGACAGCUUGUAGCAAAAGGCUAUGAGGGAGUGAAGAGGUGGACCAAAAAGGUGGAUUUGUUUUCUAAGAGACUGCUGCUAGUUCCCGUCCACUUGGAGAUCCACUGGUCCCUGAUAACUGUGGACGUCUCCAAGCAGAACAUAAACUUCUAUGAUUCUCAAGGAAUACUCUUCAAGUUUGCUGUCGAUAACAUUUUGAAGUACAUCUUGGCGGAGGCAAAGGAAAAGAAGCAGACUGCUUUCCAGAAAGGCUGGAAGAUGACUGUCAACAAGACAAUUCCACAACAGAAGAAUGAUAAUGAUUGUGGAGUUUUUGUUUUAGAGUACUGUAAGUGCCUGGCAUUUAAAGAACCCUUACUGUUCACGCAAGAAGACAUGCCUAAAGUGCGCAAGAGGAUAUACAAGGAACUCUGUGACUGCAAGCUCCUCGACGUCCCCAAACCUGUCUAAGCUUUUAGGUGUUCUCAGCUCAGCUGAUACAAGGGUUAGUAGGAAAGGGGGGGGGGCACCUGCCCCUCAUGGUCAUGUGACAGGAAGUAGCUCAUAGUUCAGUGUUUUGCUCAGAACAGUGAUUAGAUGCCCAGUGCUCCGCCUGUUUGACCUUUCCUGACUUUAUACUGGAUCCUGAGGAGGCUUGUCCUCGUGCACAGGUCAUGUCCAGUGCUGGUUUGGCAGUGACUUGUGGCAGCCAGUUACUUAAAUAUUGUCCGUUUAUUAGUCUCCAGCCUUUGCAGCUAGUUUGUGGGUUUUAUGACUAAAGAUUUCAGCCGUGCUCUGUAGUCGGUAUCAAAGACCAUCAUCAGGUUUCAUUUCAACAGGUGUGCAGUGAGCACAACACUUGAAGGAUCUAAGUUUUCUACUUUUGACUGUAGGCUGGAUGUGGUGUGGUGAACAGCAUUUAACAAAGACGAGCUUUUAAAUGAAUGUACUGUUCAAAAUGAAGAACCUGAUUUUCACAGAAAUUCUAAAUGAAAAAUUAUGUGCUACCAGCUGUUUAAAAAUGGCCUCAGCCUGACCAUGUGAUCCUGACUCUUAUACCCCACCCAGGGAACUGUUUGGGCCAUAUUGUUUUUAUCUUUGUACUUUUUAUUAGAAGCACUCUAGACACUUUCUUUAACGCUAUGUUUUUCAAGUGCAGCGACAUCUGACGCUUUCUGUAGCACAUACAUUUAUCGCCAGUUCUAUUCACGUUAAAAUCCACAUGGUUGCUAUUAUAAAAAUGGUUCCCUCCAUUCCUUGUUUUGGUAGUGUUUAACCCGAACGGCUACGGUUCUCAGAGUGACUGACUAAGUCAUAGUUAAAGCGAGUCACCAAUGGCAGACCGCGCAUUUAAAGCGGAGAGGAAAGGGCUCGGUGCUUUGUGAAGGUUGGUGCCUAACACACCGAUGACGUGUCAGAAGCUGCCAAAACAAGAGCCUUUACGUUUCUCUUACAAAAGGGGGUUUAACUGAGCUGAGGCAGCAUGGUACAGUUGUGUUCAGAGCAUUGCCCGCACGUUUUGCAUCGGUUUAGAUCAUAUUCAGUGACCAACAGUUAACAGUGUGCACGGUCGGUUGUCACAGAGUUAUGUUGGUUACUGUGUUUCUAGUUACUUGAAGUGUAACAACAAAAUAUGACCUCAGUGAGAUGCUUCUGUUUCAUUGUUUGACUACUAUUUGUCAUUAUUUAAACCAUAUAAAACCCAUUCUUGAUA